CCGGUUCAGUACUAACCGAAAUAUUGGAGUCGUCGUCUUCUUCCGUCAAGAAGAAACCAGAAUUUUUACAGAGAUUUGAAAAUCGUCUCCAUUUUCUAGAUAUGGAUUGGCAAGGGCAGAAAUUGGCGGAGCAGUUAAUGCAGAUCCUGCUUCUGAUCGCCGCCGUUGUGUCGUUCGUUGUUGGUUACACAACGGCGUCGUUUAGGAUGAUGAUGUUGAUUUACGCCGGAGGUGUUGUUCUGACGACUCUGAUCACAAUACCUAAUUGGCCUUGCUUUAAUCGUCAUCAUCUUAAGUGGUUAGAUCCAAGUGAAGCAGAGAAACAUCCUAAACCUCAAGUUGUUGUUGUUAGCUCCAAGAAGAAAUCCUCCUCUAAAAAGUAG